CAUCCCCAAGACCCCGACGUCCCUGAUACAAUUGGAUCUCUUUAACCCAAAAAGGAGUUGGCUAGUGGUGACCGGUGAAACCAUAACACGAGAAGACAGUUCUGAAUCUAUUAACGGAGAAAAAAAAAAAAAAAAGAAGAAGAAAGAUUUAAGAAAAAUUAUAAAAAUGACAAGAGAGAGCAACGUAGAAGAACUGAAGCAGGAAAAGAACAAAAUAUUGAAUGAAAUAAAUGGACUGCAAGAAAAAAUUGAUCCAACGGCUCAGAGAUUGCUGUCACUCUUGGAAACCCUCAAGGCUCUUGAGAAGCAACAUUCUGAAUUGCAUUGCACACUACGUAAUUCUAAAUUGCAAUCUAAGAUAAAUGAGCUGGAGGAAGUAGAACAAAAUACGAAAGAGGGAAAGCUUUCUAAUAGUUUCGAUCAUUCUUUAUCCGAUUCCAAUGAGAGGCUGGAUUCUGUAAAGAAGGAGCUUGCUUCUAAGUUAAGGGCUAUUAUGUCACUAAAACGGAGUCUUGAUAGUGUACCUUCACAAGCUGAACUCAUUCAGUAUGAACUCCGCCUCUCUGAACUUAAUACCCAUAUUCAGGGAAAGCAUUGUCAAACUCAGAAAUACUAUGCUACUUUUAACACAUUGUUGGAAAUCAAAGAAUUGAUGCUAAAGGAAACAUCUUUACUAAACUCCAUUAGUUCACAGUUCCAAAAUGCUAUUACUAGCCCUGCAGGUCGGGAGAAACUUAUUUCUUCCAUGGAAGGAAUUUUGCAGGGAACUCAACAGAAACUGGAAAAAGUACAACUUGCACUGGAAUCAGAGAUGGAAGUUCGUGAAAUUCGCAAAGCCAAGUUUGUUUCAACUAUUUCUGAACAAAGAAAGUGCAAUGCCCUUCUAAAAACUCUCCAGGUGGAACGUGCAAAGAACGAGAGCCUUUGCCAGCAGACAUCAGAAAGCGCCCCCAGUGGCGUGCAAGAGAAGUUAUGAUUUUCGUCACUUCAGAUGAAAGUAUUGUUGCAGCAGCGUAAAAGGUCCGGUUUAAAACCGGGGAGAAGUGAAACAGUAGGUUGAGUAUGCUAUGCUACUGUGAUGAUAACCAAAGGGGGCAGCCUGAGGCUGGUCUGCAAAUGCACAGAAUGAAUGUAUGAAUUUGGGCUAUCAAGGUAUGUUGAUAUGUGUUGUGAGCAGCAUGAAUAAUGUAUGUUACACUAAUAAACAUACAAGAAUAAUAAACCAAUGUGUUGUUUGUGUAUGAAGAGAUCUCUUUAACACAUGUCUUGAAAGGGGGAGGUUUGAUGGGCUCCA